AUGAAUGAAAGUGGUAUACUCGAAUUGUCACAGUCAUUGGGUCCCGAGCAAAAUUUGGUGAGUUUAUGUCGCCAGUUGCGACGCGGUUGUGCGUCGCGUGUCAACACGCAACACUUCCUGGAAAUGUUUGUUGACCUACAGUAAUUUUCAGCGUCAAUACAAUAUAGUGAAUGAUGUUCUACCCCCUCCGAACAAUGAAGAUCUACACGUGAUGAUUAUGGCAGUCUCAUAUCUAUGGCUAUUUUUACUAGGAACUUGUGGAAAUGUAGCAGUUCUAACCACAAUCUACCACGUUGUUCGAUCUUCUCGCGCCACUCUCGACAACACUUUGAUCUAUGUGAUUGUUCUGUCCUGCGUCGAUUUUGCAGUGUGUCUUAGUUUACCGCUAACGAUUAUUGAUCAGGUUAGAGAUCCUGGAUAAUUCUGAUUCAAAAGAAAAAUGUUUUUAGAUUCUUGGCUUCUGGAUGUUUGGUUUGAUCCCUUGCAAACUUCAUGCAGUUUGUGAGAAUUUCGGGAAAAUUCUAUCGGCGCUGAUCUUGACGGCAAUGAGUUUCGAUAGAUAUGCCGGAGUUUGUCAUGCGCAAAAGAAAUAUUUGCGAUCGCGAAACAUCGCAAUCACAAUUCUAUUGGGUCUGGUUGUCUACGCCUUUAUCACGCUGUACCCACUUCUUUGGUCAUUCACGAUUCAGGAGAUUAUUUUGUAUGAAAGAGUUACAGGUCUGCUAUUUUUUUCAAUUACAAGUUAAUCCCCUUUGAUUAGCUUUUUCUUUCUUUUUUUUCCCUAUUUUCACUUCUCAAAAUGCAAUACUUCAGGACCUGGAAUUCUUACUCGAAUGCGGAUCGAAAAAUGUAUGGUCAAUAUUGAUUCGCGGAUGUUCACAGCAUUCACAAUCUACCAAUUUGUUCUAUGCUAUUGUCUUCCUCUAAUCUCCAUCGCAUUUUUCUACACCAAAUUAUUAAGUAAAUUGCGAGAACAUACACGAACUUUUAAAAGUUCACAAAUCCCAUUUCUCCACAUCUCCCUCUACACCUUGGCAGUCGCAUGUUUUUAUUUUCUUUGUUGGACGCCGUUCUGGAUGGCGACUGUUUUCGCUGUUUAUCUGGAAAACCUCGCUGAGGAACGAUCAGCCCCUCCACUUUUCGUUUACAUUAUGUAUGUGAUUCAUGCAUUGCCAUUCACAAAUUCUGCAAUAAAUUGGAUACUUUAUGGAGCAUUGAAUAGUCAACUUCAACAUCGAUAUCGAUCUAGUCGAAGUUCUUCGACGAAGUUAGGAACGACUAAUUCAACAUGUUUGACGAAUCAUAAAUUGAAUACAACACAAUAUCAGGUAGAUCUUAGAACUUUCAAUAGAUCUUCAUUCUAGAUUUUUCAGGCAAAUGGAUCUAUGACAAGUAUCGCUGCGGCUGCAACUUCUACAAUUCCAGCAAAUGGCCAGAAUGAUGCUUUGCUUGGUUCGAACGACGAUGAAAAUGAGAUUGAUGUUCGACUUCUACACACGCAUAAUCCAACUUUUCUCUGA